AUGACAGAUCCACUGGCAUCUAUUCGAGAAGAGUUUGAUCUGAAUCAGCAAGUAUUUAAAGCCAUUGUCGAUGGAUUCAAAGCUGAAUACGAAAGCGGCCUCAGCACAGCUUCAGCAUCAGGCCUCGCUACCAUGAUCCCUUCCUAUGUUACCACAUUACCCACAGGUAAAGAGAAGGGCACUUAUCUCGCUUUAGAUUUAGGUGGAAGCACGCUGCGUGUGUGUGCUGUGGAACUGCUGGGCAAUUGUCAAGUGACAGUAACAGAGAUCCGUCGUCAUAUUGCUCCCAAUGAUCCACUGAGAACAAGUGGAGCUACUGCAUUCUUUGACUGGAUUGUGGAUGCAAUUGCUGAAUUGAUUGAAAAGAUUGGCUAUCAUGCAGUCCAUGCUGAUGGCCCGUUAUCUCUGGGUGUGUGCUGGAGUUUUCCCGUAGAUCAAACAAGCAUUUCUGCAGGCAGAAUUCUUCGUAUGGGAAAAGGAUUUACGAUCGAAGGUGUCGAAGGUUAUGAUCUCUCUACUUUGUUCCAGGAGGCUUUUGACCGCAAGAAUGUCAAUGUGAAAGUGACAGCACUGCUGAAUGAUACAGUGGGUACACUAGUUGCUCAUGCAUACACCAAUCCAGACACUCGCGUUGGCUUCAUCUAUGGCACAGGUGUAAAUGCAGCUUAUCCUGAAAAAGUGUCUCGUAUGGUUAAAUUGCAGGGCAACCAACAGGUCAAGCACUACAACCCAGACGCCACUAUGCUUGUCAACACCGAGAUUGAUAUAUUCGGCAGUGAUGCCUAUCUGCCUCUCAACAAGUAUGAUCGCGAACUAGACGCCAAUCACUCGCAGCCUGAUUUCCAGUUGUAUGAAAAAAUGAUGUCUGGUGCCUGCAUUGGUGAAUUGGUGAGACUAGCUGCUUUGGAUAUGAUUGAAAAUGGCAGUUUGUUCAAGGGCCAUCGUCCUACCGAAUUUGCAGUUUCGAUGGAAUUCAGCACAUCGAUUCCAAGCGACAUUGAAGGACAUCUUGAUUACUCGACCGAAGCACGUUUUGAACAUCUUAAAGAGUUGAUUCAUUUCCAAGAUGGUUAUACAAUGGACUUGGAUGACCUGAAUGUGUUUACAGAGCUGUGUCAAAUCGUAUCCAAUCGCGCUGCAAAACUAGCUGGUGCUGCCAUGGCCUCGCUCAUUGAGCAACAGCAAGAUUUAAUGACUGGAUCUAGCCCUAUUGUCAUUGGUGUGAAUGGAUCGACUUAUGAGAAAUACCCUGAUAUGCAUCAACGCAUCUAUCGCUCGCUUAUCACCUGGUUCGACUCUCAGGUGAGUGAUCGUAUUCGAGUUGAACUGGCUACAGACGGAGGCAGUAUUGGCGGUGCACUCAUUGCCAUGUUGGCCGAGAAGGAAGAGCAGCAGCAGCAAAAGGUCUCCUCCUCUCAACAACAAAAGACCCUGCCUACCACCGAGACAACAAAGAAGGCAAUUCCCAACAAUCAUCCCCCACCACCCUCUUUCCUUGGUUGCUUAUUUGGCUGGUUAGCACCACUUCGAGCAAAAAGAGGUGAUACGAACAACACAUCAGGUGUUGAUGAAACCAUAAAAAUCAAUCAAGAAAAACUUUAG